AUGGCUCGUACAAAGCAGACAGCUCGCAAGUCUACCGGUGGGAAGGCGCCUCGUAAGCAGCUUGCUACGAAGGCGGCUCGUAAGUCCGCGCCUGCCACCGGAGGUGUCAAGAAGCCCCACCGUUACAGGCCGGGCACUGUGGCUCUCCGUGAAAUCCGCCGUUACCAGAAGAGCACUGAGCUGCUCAUCAGGAAGUUGCCCUUCCAACGUUUGGUGCGCGAGAUUGCUCAGGAUUUCAAGACUGAUCUCCGUUUCCAGUCCUCUGCUGUCAUGGCUCUGCAGGAGGCCUCCGAGGCUUACCUUGUCGGUCUAUUUGAGGACACAAACCUUUGCGCUAUCCACGCCAAGCGCGUCACUAUCAUGCCAAAGGACAUCCAGCUUGCCCGCCGCAUCCGAGGCGAGCGUGCCUAA